UUAUUACUUUUAAGGUACAGCUUGAGGUAUCUGUUGAUCACACCUGGACACUACAUCGACAACACUGAACACAGACACAGUCAGGUCUCCUUCUCCAAGGUUCCAGACAAAGCAAGAUGGACACACAAUCGGCAACCCUACCCCCCUAUAUUCUACCAACGGAGGGCAAACCGGGCGGUGGAGUAUCAGUCUAUCAUUUGCACACCCCCUUCAACCCCAACCCUCCCCAGGACGAGGUUGUCCUCCACAAGUCGGCCUCUCAAGUGAACACCAGCGGUGGUAGCGCACAUGGAGGCCCCAACCCGGAGCCCCCCAUCAAGAUUUUUCGGGACCCGCACAGUGACCUGCUGGGGCACACGGCGGGCAAGACCACCUGCACCAGCUGCCAGCAGGAGGUCACGACCAAUGUCACCUACAAGGCCGGCACCUACGCCUGGCUCAUGUGCCUGCUCUUCAUCUGCUGCGGGCUCUUUCUGUGCUGCUGCCUGAUUCCGUUCUUCAUGAAAGACUUUAAGGACGCGUACCACACAUGCCCGCGCUGCAACAGAGUCCUCCACGUAGAAAAGAAGAAGUGCUGCUCUUCGGGGUAAUGCACCGCGUGCACUUGAAUGGUGCCGAAAAGAUCCUACGAAAUCACACUCAUUAUUUAGAUUCUUCUAUGCGUGGGCCGCCAACAGGAAUACGCUCCCAGCCACGUUGUCCACCACUGCACGUUAUUCUUCUUCAAGCACCAUGUGCACUUUCUAGGGGGCCUAUUGUUUCUUCUUUCACAUGCUCAUACCCCCAUCGGCUUCCCCUAUCAGUAGAGUAUGUAUGAUAAAUAAAAAUGAAGAAUGUAUGAUAGAGGCUUAAAGACUUAGACGCAGUGUCUAACUAAUGUCGCCUGUCUGAUGUUUCACAUUUACAUAUUGUAUGUUCUUGAUGAGUGGAGGAAAUGUAAAGGUGACAUUUACCUGCUAGAAAUAUUGAUCAAACAUGUAUUUUGGUAAGAGCAUUGCAUGUCAAACGAUGAAUACGAAUACACAUUGUACAAUAAAGGAAUAUUUAAUUACUGU